AAUGAAGAGGCGUUAUUUGUUUACAUUUGUUGUUGUGGCUGUCUGCUCAGAUGCUCGGUCAAGGCAAAAUUAAUUAAAUUCGUUAUGGUUCUUUAAAGAUUUAUAAAAUGGGGUGGACAUAGAAUUUUCGAAAUCUUACUUUCAUCAAAUUAAUUCCAUAAAUCAUUCCAUUUUAAGUCAGUCUUCAGCGCAUUUCUCUUCUUAAAAUAUACACCUGGAGCUUUAUAAUCCUCUUGAGCUGUUCUGGUCAUGGCAAACGCACAUCAAGAAAUAAAAUUAUGCGUUUUAGGGGAUUCUGGAGUUGGAAAAUCAAGCAUUGUACAAAGAUUUGUACACAACACUUUCAAUCCUGCUGUUGAAAGUACGAUUGGAGCAUCUUUCAUGACUAAAUGUAUUCUGGUUGAUGAUUGUACUUUCAAGUUUAACAUAUGGGAUACAGCUGGCCAAGAACGUUAUAGAUCCUUGGCACCAAUGUAUUAUAGAAAUGCGGGAGCAGCUGUCAUAGUUUAUGAUGUUACUAAUCGAGGGACAUUCCAGUCAGUCAAAGGAUGGAUCAGAGAGUUACAACUGCAUGGAUCCUCAAAUGUAAUUAUGGCUAUAGCCGGCAACAAAGCAGAUUUAGAAGGAAGGAGAGAAGUUACUUACAAAGAAGCCAAAGAAUAUGCAAGGUCUGUUAAUGCUGCCUUUGUAGAAACCAGUGCUUUAACUGCUGUGAACAUUCACGAACUUUUUAAAGAAAUUGCCAAUAGAUUACCGAAAGUGAUUUCCACCGGUAAACCUACUCAUGAAAUCCGCCUCACUGAAGAUAGUCCAAAGAAGAGGAAAUGCUGUUCCAGUUUAUGAGUCAUUUUCUUUUAAGUCAUUCAGUAUUUUAUGCUUAUUGUGAAUGAUUUAUUACUUAUACAUUAUCAGAAAUGUUUAAGUCAUUUCAUAGUCACAAUAGAUAUCAGAUGUAAUAUUUUUAUGUUGUGAAUUUUUAUACUAUAUAUGAGCAAUUACAACAAUUUUUUGUUUUUGUUGAUGUACAAAUUUAGAUAUUUUGGGUGAUUUUUCUUUUUUGAUAUACAGAUGUAUUUUGUUACAAGAGAAUAUAUGAUUAGUAUUGAUUUUUUUAUAUGUUUAUAUUAAUUAAAUUAUAGAUAUUUUUUUCUA